UUAGGCGGCAUAAUGAUGCAAAACACCGGCGACUAUUACCAAAGGGCACCGAGAUGUUGUCCCGGACGAAAUGGGGGGAACACCGAUUCCCUAAGAAUCAGCAGUUCGGUACGAGGUGCUGAAUUGCUUUGUUGUUGCUGUAGCUGCAGCACGUCCACUUCAACGAACACACCAGGAUUAUUAGCCAGCCUUGGUGUUUGCGUUCUCGUUCUUGGUUACACCCUGCUUGGUGCUUUCGCUUUUAUGGCGUUAGAGGGUGGCCUUAAAUCGGAGUCUUUGACAGACGUAUCAUCGAAAAUUCCCAAGAGCGAGGAAGGAUCUUACGGUCUUUCAACGUUGGAGGACGAAAAUAGCGCCACAGAGUUAAGGGCAAGGACAGUCGAAAGACUUUGGAGUAUAACCGAAGAUUUGAAUAUUCUUUACAAGGAAAAUUGGACGCGACUAGCAGCGAAAGAAAUUCUUGAGUUUCAAGAAAAUCUUUCGCGUGGUUUAAGGCGUACGUCACCUUACGAACCGCUGGCACCAACUCAUCAAUCGCGAGAUAGCGAAAUGGAUAAACGACGAUGGACGUUCAGUGGCAGUCUGCUUUAUUCCCUAACGCUCAUUACUACCAUAGGAUACGGUAAUAUAACUCCACGUACAGUCUGGGGUCGCCUAAUUACCAUAAUCUACGCUCUAGCUGGUAUACCUCUUAUGUUGGUUUAUCUAAGCACAGUGGGCGACGUUCUUGCUAGAAGUUUCCGACGUUUGUACGGUCGCAUGUGCAUUCCACGAAAUUGCAUUAAAAAACAACAACCACCACCACCUCCGCCGCCAGUCGGUGGUAUCAUGAGCAAAUCCUACCGUUACGAUAAUCAUAUAGAAACAAAGACGGGGAAUUAUUAUUCAACUAGUCGCGACAGUUCCUGCGACGAUCUCGGGACACGAGGUACGAACAGUGCCAUUUUACUCGAUUGUGGUAGCGAAGGCCUCUUGCAUGCUACUACUAGUUCGACGACCGCACUUCAGGAUACGAUGGCAGGCAAUGGUAAACGCCAUUUGCAACCGUGCUCGUUGUCGCCAUCCUCGACCUCAUCACCGGCGUAUAUGAUGGAAACGUAUUCCGUGAGAAUACCCAUUAGUUUGUGCUUGGUAAUAAUGCUGCUAUACAUAUGCGGCGGUGCAGUGAUGUUCAAUCGUUUGGAGGGUUGGAGUCUUCUAGAAGGUGGUUAUUUCUGCUUCACGAGUCUCGGAACCAUCGGAUUCGGAGAUUUGAUGCCGAUUGGACGCAACGCACCAUCGACUACCCUGAAAGAACUCAGCCUGUGUGCCUGCUCGUUGUAUAUACUCGCUGGAAUGGGCCUGAUAGCCAUGUGCUUCAACCUCGUCCAGGAGGAGGUGGUACGCGUGGUCAGGGUCUUCGGUAGAACCUGUGGCAUGUCAUCGGGUGUGGUGGUCGGCCCUAUUGGUGGUACAGGGACCACACCUGGAAUCAAAGCCGAACUCGACGACGGAGGAGGUACCAGUGAUUCAAGAUUGUCGGAACAAGAAGAAGAAGCGAUCGCCAUGUCCACGGUGCCGUCAUCCUGACAACACCAGGCCAGGAUCCCUAGUGACGGGAAACUC